AUGGAGGGAGGAGAUGUAUUUAAAGAUGAUAUGAAUGUGGAGGAUGAUGGCUUAGGGGUGAUCCUAUCUCUAACACCCUAUAAUUCAAUCAUUCCAAAUAGUGGUGACUUCAAAAUUUUUGACAACGAAGUCACUAAUGUUGCUUGCACGUUCGAUGGUGUUAAAGUCAAAGAUGAGGGCAUUAAUGAGGUUGUCAAUGAAGGAAUAAUCGAGUGUGUUGCUGCUACCAUUAAAAUGUUAGACAAGAGUGAUGAUCUUACAAUUCAUUUUCUUGGUGUUGACAAUUCGUAUAGUAAAAGGUUUAGUUCAUUAAAGCUUAGCUUUGAUGACAUUGGGUACAAAAUAUUUGAAUAUGUCAAUUAG